UUAUGCCUUCGUUUCAAUUUGUAGAUUUUUAAUGGAAGUGGUUUUCUUUAAGAAUGAUGAAUUCCCGGAUAUAAGGAUUUAUUUUGUGGGUAUUACCUUGGCGUUAGUUUAGGGUAAUAAUCUAUUUCGCUGGACGAAAUUAUUUAGAAAACAGUUUUAAGAUUUUUGUAUAACAGUACCAGUAACAUCAUCAAAAAUUUAUGUCUAUGUAGUACUCGAAAUCCCUCGUCCGUACAUGAAGAAGAAGAAACAAAAUUAUUCCUACAACGACAUAAGAUGAAUUCUAAGAGUCAUAGUUUUGUUCUGAUUCCCAUGUUCUGAGUUUUAGAUUCUUGAAUUUUAGAGUAUCCAUUUUGAAAAUUGGUUGCAAAUAAAUUUGGUAUAGUGGCAAUAUUCUAAAUUCGGAGUUCUGUUUUAAUUUCCAAGGCAGGCAGGCUUGUAGUGACAGUGGAAGGGAGCAUCUCUGUACACAGAGACUUAUUAUCUCCGUCAGAGUGAUCAUGGAUCAGAAUUCUACUGUUGAGGAGGGAAAGGAUAGAAAGGUCUUCGAACUGGUUAAAUCAGUUUCAGCUAAGCGUCUUGAUCUUUUGAGACCAUCAGCUCGAUAUUUUUCAAUGUUUAAAGGACAAAGAGUGAAUGUUGCAGACCAUGAAAAGGGAAAGUAUACUCCUGUUAGAGACGAACAGGAAUCCCUACUGGGAACAUACGACAGACCUCUUCCUUGCUUUGGCUGUGGAAUAGGAUGGUUCUCUUUUCUGUUGGGUUUUUUGUGCCCUCUGAUGUGGUACUAUGCUACUAUCCUAUAUUUUGGUAACUACUACCGUAAGGAUCCCAGGGAACGCGCUGGGCUUGCUGCUUCUGCAAUUGCUGCUAUGGCGUGCUCUGUUGCACUGCUAAUUGUAGUCAUAAUUCUUCUGUUCUAGCUCUGGUGUUGCUGCUUUCAAGUAUACUCACAAGAGAGUUGUUGGAUUUUAUUCGAAUAUAUAGAUACGAGUCUUUGUGGUAAAAUGAAAUUGUUAUAUGAUAUGUCAGGUUCUUUCAUCACUUGUAUAUAUGGGGCAAAAGAAACAGAA